CCUGCCCCGGCGUCGUUGGAGCUUCUCGGCCGCCUGCAAUCCAACAUGGAGUAGAGAGAGAUGGGGCUCUAGCGGGGCCACCCCUCGGUAACAGCAGCGACGACGCGCUUUUUACGCACAACUGGAACCGGAGUCGUCGGUGAAAACAUGCGCCUUAGGACUUAAAAACGGAGUGUGUGCCCUGUGCGCCCGUGUGUGUGUGAGAGAGAGAGUGCGUGCGAGUGUGAGUGAGUGAGUGAGUGUGUUUGGGCAGGGAGGGGGGUGUAAUAGAAGACCGGAGCUGGAUUAAGCUACAAAAUUGUCCGUUCAUGCUAGGUGAUGGUGUGUUAAAGUUAUAGUAAAGCGGGCAUUCGCGAUCCAGAAGAAAGAGGGUGGCUCCGGGGGUAAAAGAGGAAAAUUUUAGGGGUAAAGAAGACUGAGGCGCAGCCAGUCGAAGGCAAGCAAAGAGCCGACACUCGCACAAAGGCGCAGGGGGAUUUAUGCGGAAUUGGAGACAGAAUCGGAGGAGCCACGGUGAAAGAAUGACAAGCGAAAAGUAUGCAACCGCCGUGGUACAUUACCUGAGGUGAAACGAGAAAAUGAUAGAAGAAACACACCCAAACGAUGACAGCUACAUCGUACGUGUAAAAGCGGUGGUGAUGACGCGGGACGACUCGAGCGGUGGGUGGCUGAAUCAGGACGGGGGAGCUCUGAGCAGGGUAGGGGUGUGCCGCCUGCUGCCGACAGAGUUGGCACCUGUGUUGGGCUCCACCAGCUCCCAGUUCUUCAUCCGUGGUGAACGAAUGCGGGACAACCAGGUGAUCCUGGAUUGCCCGCUGAGGAAGGAUCUAGUGUACACCAUAGCGACGCCCACGUUUCACCAUUGGAAGGUGGAAGACAGAAGGUGCGGCCUAUCCUUCCAGAGUCCAGCUGAUGCCAGAGCUUUCGACAGGGGAGUUCGAAAGGCAAUUGAUGACCUGGCUGAAGGCUCCACGACCUCCUCUACGGCACUCCAGAAUGAGGGGGAGCUGGGUGACGAUGACGUCUUUACUAAUACCACAGACAGCUCAUCCAACUCCUCCCAGAAACUGGAGACCUCUCUGCAGCCGCUCGAGUCCUCGCCCCUUCCCCAGAGACACAAGUGCCCGCUGGGAUUUCGCCACGAUCCCUAUCGGCUCUCAGACCACUACUACUUGGACCAGCCAUUGUCUCGGAUUCCCCGCCAUGUCACCUUCGAGGACGAGGAAAUCGUCCGCAUCAACCCUCGGGAGCGCAGCUGGGAGCGGCCCGCCGAGCGUCAUCGUGGACGCCACUCAGAUCGCUCCUGGCUCACCGGCUACGAGGACUACCGCCACACAACAGUGCGUGACAAAUUCAUCAACAUGGACGACCCUGAGCCCAAUGUCCACUUUGACAAGACAGAGGCGCAGAAGCACGACUACACGUACCCGCUGGCACCGGCCCUGUCGCCCUCAGACUCUGAUCCCUCCCUUGGACCCUUAAACAGUAAGGGCCAAAACGUCUCGUAUCGCCAGCAGUUCCCGUCUGUGGUGUCCAGUCAGCCUCGCUCCCUACUCCCGAGCUCCUCUUCAUCCACCAAUGGUGGGAAGGGGCAGAAGGAUGACAGAAUGGAGCGUGCUCAGUGUGAGCACUGCGGUGAGGCUUUUUACCUCUCCAGCAACCGGAGAGGGAAAUGGACCUCGGAAAGAAAAGCAAGCCUGACGGAGGAGCACUGCACCCCCAUAUGUCUGAGUCUCAGAGAAAACUGUUAGUCAGUAGCAUGGUCCUGUACCAAAGCUGCCAACUGCACCAACAGUGGGCAUGUGGUAGUCUACUUAGCUCAGUGCUGAAACAGAUUUAGUUACCCCAUUAGUUUUGAUUAUUUCAAAAUACUGCCACUUUUGAAUAACAAAUCCUUUGGGAGGGAUUCUGUCUGCACCGGUGCUAUUUUAGGCAGAAAUAUGAAACUUGUGCACAUGUGGAGUGCGUAAAAAGAACUCAUUUUAAAGGAAAAAAGUAAACAAAACAAAAAAAACGUGCAACCCCUCAGGGCUGGAAAUUUGCUGACUUGUAAAAACAUUCAACCUAAAUAAAAUAGAUGUUUAACAUGCCAAAAAUAUACAUUUCAGAAUUUCAAUCGGUUUUUGCACAUUGGUACCUGUGAUGGGUAGGGCUGCUUGGUUACCGUGACAAUUAUUUAAUAAAUAUAAUACUCAAGGUUUGGAAAAAUUAUGGAUUUAAACUUGUUUUUUGAUGAAAAAAAAAAAUUACAAUUUUUUUUAAUAUUUAGUUUUUAUUUAAAGCUUCUUUUGACUGCUCCCUUAUUCACAAGGUGUCAUGACAGGAUAUAUCUGCAUAUUUGAUUUGGCACAGACUUUUACCCCGGACACCCUCCCAGCAAUUUUUGCCUCUUCUGAGUCUUGAACUGGAGACCUUUUGUGCGUUAGACAAAUGUGUUAACCACUACAAAACAGAACCAGAUUUUAUUCAUUUGUUUAUUAUCAUCAUUGCAAUUUGUAAUUUUAGUGUUUGUUUUCACGGGUUGUGUGUUUUUGGGAGUGGAGUCGAAGUCUUGUUGUUUAAAUUUGCUGGAUAAAUGAAAGUGAUAUGACUCACUGAGAGCCAAAAUUGGAAUAAAAAUUUAAAAAGAUUCAAUGCACAAAGCUGCUGACUCGUAUACUUGAGUUAAUGACUAUUAAUGUAUGUAGAUUUUUGUUAUUGUUAUUUUACUGCAUUUUUGUUAUAUAAAGCUCGGCUUCUUGAGUGACUAAUGCACACAAUGCCCAUGUGAGGGCACCAAUCAUUUUUAACGCCCUUUUUAUGCAAGCUGCAGUGUUUUGAUAACACUUUCCAAAACGGCACACCCUAAAAUCUUUUAUUGGCGUUCAUAAGGCAACUGUACCGACCAGCUUGGGAUUAACAUCAAACAUGUGGAUCAGUUCUCUCACAAUGUCACACCAAAUGUAACUGCAUUUGUCA